AACACAAAUAUUUGUCUGCUUGAGUCGAAGAUAGCGAUUUUGUUUUUUUUUCCUCGGUUACUACGUUAAACAAAACAUAUCGGUUCUCCAUACGAAAAUUAAUUUCCAGUUGGUUGAAUAUUUUUUUAUUUAAAAAUGGAAUCUACCUCUGAGCUACCUGAUGACUGUUCUCUUGUAUUGGAUGAAGAGGAGAAAGAAUUCUUAGCCUUGAAAAAUUUCAAAGAAGCAAUAGCGGAAAUUGAGGGACAUUUUACUCACAAAGCAAAGCUUCGUAGUAGGAUUCAUGCAACAAUUCAAAAUCGUCCAGAAGAAUCCCAUUUUUCGAAAUUAGAUUCAAGCAUUAAAAAGAACACAGCAUUCGUUAGAAAGCUCAAGAACUUUACAGAAGCCCAAAAAGAAAGCAUUUUGAAGGACAUCAACACACUGAACCUGACCAAAUACAUCAGUGAAGUUGCCAAUGCAAUUGUUGAAGCAAAAUUAAAAAUGACAGAUAUCGCCAGCAUUCUGCAAGUGUGUGUUGUCCUUCACGAGAAAUAUGUUGACUUUGCCCCCCAAAUUCUAGAAGCAUGGCAAAAAGUUCUUUCCUUGAAGAAAGAUGAAAAGAUUUCAAAUCCAAGUAAGAUGAGAGUCGAUGUCCGAUUCUAUGCGGAUUUGAUAUCGUGCGGAGUUUUGACCCCUAAAGAAGGUCUUCCUUUACUCGGUAGUUUUCUUACCAAUUUGAUUCAUGGCGACAAGGAAGAACAUAACAGCGCCACCAUCAUUCUUGCUUUCUGCAAGUUUUGUGGGGAGGACUACGCAGGUCUCGUUUCUCAAAAAUUGCUGAACGAUGCUGAACGCUUCAAAAUAGCUAUUCCAACGAGCAACUGGCUUCCAGCUGACAAACGCCAAAAUGUUAGAAACCUCCUGCGUGAAUAUUAUACGUCUCUCUGUAAACAUCUUACUCAGGAUCACAAAGAACUUCAAAACUUCGAGAGACAAAAUCGGCGGAUCUUACAAACGAAAGGAGAAUUAAGCAACGAAAGAAAAGAAAAGCAGGAGAUUUUGAAUCAAAGUUUUACAAAACUUUUGAACAUGACCCAACAAUUUGCUGACAUCUUGGCUGAGGAGUUACCCGAGCUUCGACAAGAUCUAAGUCCCAGAGACGAAGAGUGUUCUGUGCUGGAGCUGUGCGAGAACAUGUCAGAUCAGGCACGCGAAACUCUAAAUGAACUUCUGUGGGAGAACGAAGAAGGGCGACAGUUCUACGAAAGUCUUCCUAAUCUGAGCGUUUAUCUCCCAAACUUGAUUCCCAAAGUCACCGCAGAAACUCUGCCUCCUCCCGAUCCAGUCGAACAGAUGAUUGAUAUCGAAAAAGAAGCGAAAGAAAUAGAAGAAGGCGAGCAAGUCAAAGAUGAAGGCGAUGAAGAUAUCAAACCUGCCGAGUUAGAAGAUGAAAAAGAGGAUGCAGAUGUUCCAGUCAGUCUUCAAUCAAAUAAAGUGCUACUGGAUAGUUUUCUUACCACUCUGACAGCUUGCGUCAAUCGUGAAAUGAUCGACUCAGCUGCCAUUGAGUUUUCUACAAAUCUAAACACAAAACACAAUCGCAAGAAACUCGUUAGGGCUCUAUUUACUGUACAGCGAACUCGAUUGGAUCUCUUGCCAUUCUACUCUCGACUGGUGGCCACUUUGCAUCCGUAUAUCCCUGAAGUUGCGACAGAUUUGUGUAACUUCCUCAGACAAGACUUCAAAUAUCAUGUUCGGAAAAAGGAUCAAAUAAAUAUCGAGACCAAGGUGAAAAUUGUUCGUUUCAUAGGCGAGCUAACAAAAUUUGGCAUGUACCCAUGCGCAGAUGCAUUGCAAUGUUUUAAACAGCUUUUGCUAAACUUUGCCCAUCAUUACAUUGAAAUGACGUGCCAUCUGCUUGAGACGUGCGGAAGAUUCCUGCUUCACCAGCCAGAUUCCCACCAACGCACAAAAGUCUACUUGGAUCAAAUGAUGCGAAAGAAAUCGAUGUUGGCGUCAGACUCGCGCUAUCUGACGAUGAUUGAGAAUGCCUACUACCAAGUCGUUCCCGUGGAUAGCAGUGCUAGGAGUAGUCACAUCAAAAUCCGUCCUCCGCUCCAUCAAUACAUCCGCCAACUUCUUUUUGUCGAGCUUGGAAACAAAGGAUCUACAAAUAAGAUCCUCAAACAACUUAGAAAGCUCAACUGGAAAGAUCCUGAAGUAGCAUCUUAUGCUGUUCGCUGUUUAACUUCAGCGUGGAAGGUCAAGUUUCCUAACAUUCGUACAUUAGCUGGGGUCGUGGCCGAGUUGACACUCUAUCAGGAAUUCGUUGGUCACCGGAUAGUCGAUGCCGUUUUGGAGGAUAUAAGAUGGAGUUUAGAGUUUCCCAUAUCGAAAUUCAAUCAAAGGCGCGUGAGCAUGGCAAAAUACUUGGCCGAGCUCUACAACUACCGCAUGGUUGAAUCAUCGGUCGUCUUCAAAGUUCUGUACACUUGCAUCACGUUCGCAGUCAGUUUCGAUUAUAAUAUCGAAUCCGAUUUGGAUCAGCCAGAUAACCUUAUGCGGUUACGAUUAGUCUUGACCAUCCUUGACACAUGCGGAGUCUUUUUCAGUUCGGGAUUGUCUAAAAAACGGUUGGACUAUUACCUGGUUUAUCUGCAGUACUACUAUUUGUUCAAAAGAUCUUUGCCGAUCUGGACCGAUGACAAUCCAUUUCCAGUAGCAAUUGAUUUUGGCAUUAAGGACAUGCUGUUGACCCUGCGUCCGAAAUUGAAAGCUUAUAAAACCCUGCAAGAAGCUGCCGAUGCAGUGGAAAAUCUGGAGAAGGAACUGAUGAAUAAACUUUCACAAGCUAUGCCAGAAUUGCAGAUGGACGUGGUACUUGCCGAUGAUACCUUGGCCUGCAUCGAAGAAGAGGAUAUGGAGGAAGGCGAAGAAAUGCGGGAAGUGGACGACGACUCUAUCAAUGAUGAGCAAUCGCUUUCUCGUUCCAUGUCUCAAAUGACCACACGUGGUGAAACCACCCAACCGGACGAAGACACGCACAACGUCGAAGCAAGUCGAAUUUGUAAUGCUAGAAAAUGGUUGGAUGCUAAUAUGAGUCAUUUGUUACAGGACGACCGCUGUGUGGUAACAGCACCUCGGAAAGCGCUUUGUCCCGAAGAUGACGAUUUCAUGGCCGCUCUAGAUCGUAUGGUGGCCGAGAACAUUCACGAUGCAUACACUCGCGGCAAGGAAGUCAGCAAACCACCUGCCGUCGAUAUUGCCAUCCCUUGGCAGGUUAAGGCAUCGCUCAAAAGACCUGAUGGAUCGGAUAAAAAUUUUCUGGGCGAUUCCAUUGGAGGUGAAUUGGGAGGUGCCUUGGCAGUUGCUGAAGCUUCUUCCGCCUGUGCCGCCAUCGCUUCGUCUCCUCCUUCAGCAGUCCAUGACAAUCCUACGGUGAAUUUCUUCCUAAUGACGCGUAAAGGCAAUAAGCCACAGUUCAAGAAUCUGGCAGUGCCUUCGGACUCUGAACUUGCACAGAACCUACGGAAUCGAGAAGAGGCCGAAAAAGCGGAGAAGGAACGUGUGAAAAAGUUGACACUGGAUUUCAAUGAACGCCAGGAAGAAGAAGAGUUUCAGGAUUUGUACGGCGGAGUAAAUCGUCCAGCUGUUCACAACGUCAAUCGCGAUCGCCGAGGUCGUUUCCAGCAUCCCAAAGGCGUUCCGGACGCUGAGCUCAUAUUUGGAGGAGCGAGAAAGAAUCGGUGAAAUGAUUCAGCCGUCCCCCAGGGGCGAUGUUCAGAGUUUUGAUUAGUUUUUUUGAGCAAAUAAGUAAAAUGAAAAGGGAUCCAGAAAUAUCACGGAACAAUCCACGGGUUGCGGAAGCGAUGUACGACGAGACAUAGGUUUAUUUUACGUCAUAAUUGACGUCGUAUUUUCCCUGCAUACGUGUCUCUUCCUUGCUGUUUCGCCAGCCGUAAACAAUGUAAACAGAUAAACCUGACAGAAAUGAAGCAAGCAAAUAAUUACUGUUUAAGUUCAAUACAAGAAUUGUUUUUUUUUUCUUU